GUGUGUGUGUGUGUGUGUGAUUGAGUGGAAGCGAAGUCUGUGAACUGGUAGUGAGGAGAAAGACGCGUGUGAUAACCGCGUGAUGAUCUGUCAAUCAGUCAGUCAGGUGUCAUGCUGCGGGCGUCACAUAUCCAGUGAUUAUGGCUGAGCAGAAAAGCCAAACACCCCAUCAGCCACGUCACGUUUCCUCCUCCGGCGACAACAGCUCACGGGGCACCGCAGCUCAGCACCACAACGAGAAAUACCAGAGGAGCUCGUGAAGUGCAGUGAAAAGGAAGUGUCAAGGGUGUUUCAUGGGGUGGUGCGUCUUGCCACAACCUUCAGUACGCUUUGUUGCCAAACAGUGAAGGGCCUUGCUGCCUGAGCCCCGCCCCCUCCUGGACCUUGCCGUGGCCUCGAACACCUGGACCUGAUGGGCGUACCGAUGAGGGCAAGACUUAUAAGAAGCGUUGAAUGAAGCAGUGAGGCGGAAUCGUGUGUCUGUUGCGUUCGUGCGUGUGUGUGUUUGUGUGCGUGGCGUGCCCAGCGGAAAGGACGAACGAAAGAACACACACACACGUACCUACGCACAUAAGAUUAUCACGCACGUACAUAGAUACACGCCGAUAAACGGAACGAAUAACUGAGCUGGAGUGAUAAGAGUGACAAUGACGGAAGUGAGACGGAAAGUGUGAAAAAUAGAAAAAAAUAAAUAAAUACAGUGCAAGAAGUCAGUUACGUGCGUGGUGAAUCCUCCCACGCAAAACUGAGUGCAAAAGUGCGUGUUAAUACUGUUUGUCGUGUCUAUGCAAGGUAUCCUAUGCACUAGAAACUUAAGACUCCCAAGGUCUCCCCAAUCCCUCCCUGUCCCCACGCCCUGAGCCCCGCCUCCCCUCCGCCCACCGUCGAGUUUAUGGCCCCACCACCUGAAGCCUUCCCCACCCACAGGGCGGAGUGUGAUGGCCGGGUUGGGGUCCUGUGAGGGCGUGCUGCUCCAGGUGCUGGCACCGUGGGCUCUGGCCCCUUCCCCUCCUCCCAGUCGCUGCCCAUCCCAACACCACUCACAAUCCCAGCUUCGCUUCACCUCACCUUGCCUGGCCUGCUCCGGGGACACCAUCGGUGGCAGCUCUGUGCCUCUCGUGUGUGGAGUGACUCCCGGCCCUUUUAGGACUUCUUGCCCCGCCGCCCCCUGGUCCGUCAAACUGACCCGUUGUGAGAGUGCGGAUCUAAGUGUAGAACCUUUAUUAACACUUAACUUAAAUAACUGGUCUGAGUGUGGCCGGCUAGCAUUGGUGAAGUAGAUGAGUGAAUUGAGUGACGCGCUGCGUGGCUUGUGUUGUGUUCGUGAGCGUGUUGAACACGGGGUUACAUGUCAGCAGUGGAUGUAGUGAGUGGGCCGGUGCAGGUGGCGGGCAUGGAUGACGGGGCCGCGGAUGGAAUGGGUGCUGGGGACUCGGAUCAAGAUGGUGAAUUACUGUACAGUGCCAGGGAUGCCCGUGUAGGGGUAGCACUGAGCCCAUCCAAGGCCAUCCCUGUCACAGUCUUUGGGUCCCCAGGGCACUCACCCCAGUACCAACAUGGCUUAACACAAUCAGUGGGUGUGGCCACAGUCAAGGGUAGCUGUGUUGUGCCAGUGAGCCAAGAGGGGCAUGGUGAUGCUGAGAUGUGUCUGGCAGGAAACUUCAGCAGUUUAGGAGGCCUCGGUGAUAAGUCAGGUGGUGUCUACAAGGAAGUGCCAUCAUCCUGCGAAAGUUUCUGCAAUGGCGAGACAACCAGUGGUGGUGAGGAGUGCAUCUCAAGAACAAUGGUGGACAGCAGCACACAGACGGGGCCUGGCUGGGAGGAGGGUGCUCUUCUGGCUGCCAGAAGUAGAAGGAACCAAGGCCUGGAGGAGGCUAUCAACAUUGAUGAGCUGGAGGUUCCUGAGAAGAGGACUCAGGAUCGUGAGUCACAGGCCGGAAAAAGCUGUCUGGAGGCUGGAAGGUCACUUGCAUCAAAAAUAUCAUUAGUUCAAAGGAGACAGAAGCAGUGUAACUCUGACUACUCGUCGCUGUCAUCAUCAGACUCGCCUCGGGUCAGCGACACCAGUAACAGGAGUGACUCGGGUAACAGUCCCGGCAGUAGCAGCAGCAGCAGCAGCACCAAUGGGGCUUCCAGUAAAACCAGGGAAUCUAAAUUUAAAAAAGUUACCUGUGGUGAGCUGAGUCCCAUUGCAUCGUGCAGUGGGGAAUCCAGUGUUCCUGUGGGGCUGAAUGUGUCAGUCAGUCUCUCCCCUGAUCCUAGUGGUUCAGUCGGCCUCUCUCCUGAUCCCAGCAUGAAGGAUUUAGGCGGCCGCAGCCCCUGCACACCGACUAGUGGCUGUCUGAAGGCAGGAACACGGGCACCCAGCGGUGCCCAUGUCCAGUUCCACACGCCUUAUGACAAAGAGGAAGAUGAGGAGCAGCAGCGGCUACUGCAUGACACCUUGGUGACACAAGGCGGCCAGGUAACCCUGAAAAAGGCUCCAUGUGGUGCCUCUACCCCUAAUAAUGGGGAUCAACUACCACGCCUCUUGACAAAGCUGCCCGACACUUCCCCCUCAGAGAUCAAUUCCAGUCUUUCAUUAUCCAAAAAGUGGCGAGGCCGCCACAUAUCAGGGUCGAGCAGUCUCAGCCUGGGCUCCAGCUCCAGCAGUUCUGGCAACUCUGGGGCAACGGAGCUUGAGAGGCGUGCUCCGGAUGGCGGAUGGGGCUGGGUGAUCGUGGCAGCAUCCUUCAUGGUGCACUGCAUCGCUGAUGGCAUCACCAUGUCCUUUGGUGUGUUUUUUGUGGAGCUGCUCAAUUACUUCAAUGAAGGGAAGUCUCUCACAUCAUGGGUAGGCAGUCUGUUCAUGGCCAUUCCUCUCCUGGCAGGACCACUUGCCUCCAUCCUGACCGACCGCUAUGGCUGUCAGACAGUCACCAUCUGCGGGGCAUUGGUGGCCUGUCUGGGCUUCUUUGUCAGUGCCUUUGUCAACACAAUUCCUAUGCUGCUGCUGACAGUGGGCGUCAUCACGGGACUGGGGCUGGCAGUGUGCUACGUUGCUGCCAUUGUUAUUGUUGCAUUUUAUUUUGAGAAGAAGCGUUCUCUGGCCACAGGCAUUGCCGUGGCAGGGAGUGGCAUCGGUACCUUCCUGUUCGCGCCACUCAUUCAGUACCUGAUGGACCACUGGGGAUGGCGGCUGUCCUUCAUCCUGCUGGCCGGUGUGAUGCUCAACAUGGUAGUGUGUGGGGCGCUCAUGAGGGACCUGGAGUGGACGCCUCGCCACUCAUCCUCCACCAACCGUAAUGUCCGUGCCACUCCAGCUCCCAGCAGUCACCGGGGCUCCACCUCACACUCCUCGGAGACUGUUGGGGUACGCGGUGGCAACCUUGCACUGCCCUCAUUGGAUGAGCUGCGGCGACUAGUGCAGUCAGGGGAUGUGGCAGCUUUGCUCUCACCAGAGGAACAUCCUGCCGAGACAUUGAGAGGAUCGGCUUCGAUGGUGCUGCUGCCAACCUUCCUCAGUCGCUCCCAUGCGCUGCCCCCUGAUGUCAUCCCGUGCCUCUCCUCACGCACCAAUGCUUACGAGGUGGUGUCUCAGAUGUACCCACAUCUGCUGUCCCACUCCCUCUCAAGCACCCUGGAGCAGGUAUUGCCACAAGGCGAGAAGAAGUCACAAAAAUCACAGACCCACAAAGAAAAGAUGUCAGAGUAUGCCUCAACCACCAUCACCAGCAUUGGUUCCUCUGGGGGCUACAGUCAGGACCCAAGGGCUGCUGCUCAUCGUGAGGCACAGCCCUCUGAUACCGAUGACACAACUCCCAGCUCAGUCCCGCCUCCUGCCCCCCGCGACAUUCCUCAGCCAUGCAAGCUUGAUUUACAGAUAGGCUUCAGCCCUGAGGAUGACGGUGAUGAGGCUGACAAUGAGGAAGAGAAUGAGGACCAGCAGGAGCGAAUGGCAAUGCUGGCCGGGAGUCGCCCACCCAGGGGUCCGAGGCAACCCGGCACACGUAGGAUCUCUUCUGGCUGCAUGGGGGCCAGCUCUCCCCCACCCCCUGCUGCUCCCCUCCGUAACAUGAGGAUCAACAGGCAAUCCAUGACCUACCGUGGCGCCAUGCUCAAUAUUCAGCGCUACCGUCUCAGGGCGUCCUCCUGCCCAGACAUUUAUCGCAACUCCAUCAUCACCAUUGCCAAGGCGCAGGAUGAGGUGGGCACCUAUGCUGACUGGACUUACCUAGAUGACAUGGGUGAGAUGCUGACAGCCUGUGUGGACGUCACCUACUGCAUGGAUGCCUCCUAUCUGGUGUUUGCCGUGUCCAACUUUGUGCUGUACGUCUUCUAUGACACUGUGUACAUGUACUUGACAGACUAUGCACAGGGUGUGGGCAUUUCAGCAGAUGACAGUGCUAACCUGAUUUCAGUCAUUGGAAUCCUGAACUGUCUUGGAAUGGUUGUCAUGGGAUAUGUGGGAGAUCGCUCGUGGUCUUCCCCGGUGCUGAUUUACAACAUCUCAAUGGUGGUGUGUGGCCUCAGUGUGCUCGUCAUGCCCUUCAUCACCAAUUACUGGCUCCUGGCGCUAGCAUCAGCUGUAUUUGGACUCUUUAUAUCUGCAAAUUAUGCUCUGACGUCAGUGAUUGUGGUGGAGCUGGUGAGUCUGGAGGCGUUCAGCAAGGCGUAUGGGCUGCUGCUUCUAAUCCAGGGUCUUGCCAACCUGAUUGGCCCUCCUCUUGUAGGGUUCAUUGCAGACACAACAGGUAGCUACGUGAUGCCGUUCGUGGUGUCGGGCCUUUUCAUCGUGUUCUGUGGUCUCAUCCUGAACCUGAUCCCACUAAUCAAGCGUUGCCGUGGACAAUACUCCUCCUCCACCUCGUCCCCAGUUUGCACUCCUAAGAAUGGCUCUCCCACUGCCACGCCACUUCACAACUUUAAGCAGAAACCAAAACCAAUACAGUUGUGAUGCAUUUGUGGCCUUCCUGUGGGGCACCAAGGUAAUGAUUGUGCCAAUGCUGGUCACCCAAAUACACGCAGUAAGAAGUGUGACGCAAGGAAGGGUGGGAAUAUGCUGAUAAUCUUUGUUCAAGAAGCUUUCAUUACACUUAGGCUUUCAAAUAAAACAAAGUUGUACAAAUACUGUAAUUAUGAUCCCCUCAAGAUUUUUGGCUCACAAGUGUAUGUAAAGUAAUGCAUGAAAUAAGAGUCUUUUGGCAUGCUCAUUCCUAUUCCUUGUAUUAAUAUGAUGUGUCCAUAUUUAGAAGAGUUUUCAUGUAGAAGGUAACCUGAUCUGUAAGAUGGAAGCCUACAUUCAGUUUCUUCUCUUAGUUCACUCUUUAGUUGGUACAUAGUUGAGGUAGGAGAAACUACUAGGAAUUUUCUCCACAAGUGAGAUUGAAGACUUUGGUGCAUGUAGAGAGAAUCAUCUGUAGUAAUGUCAGCAUAGCUUUGAACGACUCCACCUGCCUGCCACCUGAGGCCACUGGCAGGGCUCCCAGCUGGACCAGCUGUGCUCUUCCUUUGUGGCAGAUACAAACUCAUGAUUCUAGUUUUAUACUGUAAACUUGUUCUUUAUUUUGGUUUGUUUACUUUCCAAAAUGCAUAUUUAUUAUACUUUAAUUUAGUUAAAAAUGGCAUUUCUAUAUGUGGGUAUGAAAAGUAAAUACUAUAUUCAAUAAAACACUUAGAAAUAAUUUUCUAAAGCUUAUAUAUUUUAUGAAAAUGUAUGAAUCAUUCCAUAAUUAAAAUAUGAAUGUAGAUAUUUAAUUGGAAAUGUUAAUGAAGUUAUGCAUUUACCUAAAAAGGUAUUUCCAUCUCAUUAAAUUGCUUACAAGAUACUUUAUCAUUAUUAAGCAAACUGCCAUUGUGCAGCUAAAACUUCACUGUGUAACUGUUUGUCUCUGGACAUCAUAAGUCUUGCAUUGACAGCAUGGCAUUAGUCAUAACUCUGCUAUUCUACACAGGAAGAACUGUGACCACUGUGACCACAACGCUUUGUUUUAAAAUGAAGGGCUUGGGGGUCAAGGCACCAUUAUUCAUUAUCAGUUCUUUGAGUUUGACUCAUAAGUGUUGUGUGUCUUGGGUUGUUUGCCUACUGUUCCAGGAACCUCUUUCAGACUUUAUUAGUAACCAAGAAUACCUUGCAUGAAUUGACCAGUUUAAAAUCACCACUAGUCCUAGCAAUUUAACAAAUAUAUAGUGUAUAUUUCAGGAAUGAUAAGUAUGAUCCAGUCUACAAUAUACCUAUAGAUUUUGAUAAGAAGGGUGACAUUUCUUCAUUUGUAUACAUUUGUUGCAAGUUUUUUGCAUUAUCACCUAAGGAUGUUAAUGUCAGUUACUUUUGAGUUGCUCAUCUAUUUGUGUGACUUCCCUCCAUCUUGUAAUAGUGAAGCCUGCUUUAUUUCAACAUGACAAAUAUUUUUAUAUGUUUUCUUGUAAAUAAUUUGUACAGUAUACAAAUAAGUUCAUAAGUAA